UUUCUUUUCUGAGGAAACGGAGGUGGAGCUUGGAAGAGGAAAGAGCAUUUGCCAGACACACGACACUAACGUCACUAACAUUGCCAAUGCCCUUGACACUCGCCUCUCCAAGAUGGAGACCGUCGUUGUGGCAUUGCAGAAGCAGGUGCCUGAGAUGGAACCCGUUUUUGUGGCAGUGAAAAACACCACUACCUUUGACCACGGUCUCGGAUCUGUGCUCAACCCCGCCUCCUCCUGCCUUCUCAUCAAACAGAACAACCCCUCCAGCCAGGACGGUGCCUACUUCCUUAUCGGGAAGGACGGGACCAUCUACCAGGCAUACUGCGACAUGACCACGGCCGGAGGCGGCUGGACGCUGGUCUCCAGCGUGCACGAAGACGACAUGUACGGCAAGUGUACGGCCGGGGAUCGCUGGUCCAGCACCCGCGGGAACAACCCCCACUAUCCAGAGGGAGAUGGCAACUGGGCCAACGUACACACCUUCGGCUCCAUGGGGUCGGCCACUACAGACGACUACAAGAACCCAGGCUACUUCAGCAUCAGCGCCUCCAAUGUCAUGCUGUGGCACGUACCGAACAACGUGCCGCUAAAAGAGUACAAAACCGCCGCCUACCUACGGUACCGCACCUCCACCGGUUUCUUGGAUAGCUACGGUGGCAAUCUGCACUCCCUGUUCAAAGAUCAUUUUCCCAUUGGCUACAACUUGGGCACAUACACCCACGACAACGGUCCGGCCAUCCCCAUUGUGUACGAACAGGGCAGUGAUCAUCCGGUGCAGUCAAUGUUGCCUCCAAACAUUGCUUCACGCAAGGAAGCCAUUCCCGGGUUCGUGCAGUUUCGGGUGUUCAACUUAGAGCGCGCUUGUCAUGCUGUUUGUCCAGGUGUCAAUUUUGUUGGUCCCAAUGCCGAGCACGUGUGUAUCGGUGGAGGUGGAUACUGGCCAGAAGGUGAACCCAGGCAGUGCGGUGACUACGCGUCCAAAGACUGGAACGGCUAUGGUACCAGGAAAGAAUGGAGCUCCAACAAACGCGUCAUUGAAUCCACCAUCUUGUUCUUUUAUCGCUGAAGAAAUUCUGCAGAAUAUCCCCUUAAAUCUUAAUAGCAAAUAGUUCCUACACUAGUGAAACAGAGUAGGGAUUUUUUUUGGAACUGAAGAUGUUUUCAUGCUUGUUGAGAAGGAACCUAGCUCAUGGGGAAGUAUUUUUCCUCAACUAUCAGUACUGUAGAUUGUCAUUUAGCAUCAGGGACAGAACACCAGUCCUGGUGUGAAAUUCAGCUCAGUCUUGCUGUGUUAUUCAG